AGAGAGAGAGAGAGAGGAUAUAGUAUGUUUGAACUUAGUUUAGUUUGAAGGUUUGUCUUGUAAGAGAUAUGUGGUGGUGGUGAAGAUUGUUCUUUGUUUGAUGAUAAAGAGUAACAUGGACACUCCUGAGAAGACUACCCAGAUCGCUACUCCACUGUCUAAAUUUGAGGAUUCUCCUGUCUUUAACUAUAUAAAUAGUCUUUCUCCAAUCAAGCCAGUUAAGUCCAUACCCGUUACUCAGACAUUCAACCCACUGAAUUUUGCAUCUCUUCCAUCAAUUUUCACUUCACCCCAUGUCAACUCUCACAAGGAAACUAGAUUCCUCAGAAGGAAUAACUGUUCGGAUCCAUCAAAACCUGGGCUUUCUUCUGAAAAUGGUAAUAAAGUGUGUACAAAUGAUGGGGUUGCAGCCGAUGCAUCUCAGCUGUAUGAUAACUCAGCUCAACUGGGGGAAAAUUUUGAUCCUGGGGUUUCUGUUGAGGCUUCCAGUGAUUCAAAGUUUGCUAUUGAACUGCCACGGGCCUUAAAAUAUGAUUGUGGUAGCCCUGGUUGUGACCCACCACCUUGUGAUAUUGAAGCAAACUCUGUUUCAGAAAUGACCAGUGCAUCUAUGCCUAUUGUUACAUUUGCUAAAGAGGCCUCUGAAAAUGUUUCAUCUCAAGGUGAAGCACAUUUAAGUGGGACAUCCCACAUCGAGCAGAAAAAGGAAGCUGCAGGAUGUGAUUGGGAGAGUUUGAUGUCUGAUGCUGCGGACCUAUUAAUUUUUAAUUUCCCUGACGAGUCAGAGGCUUUUAAGGGCCUAAUGCAUAAAUCAAUGGACCAUGGAGCAAGAUUUGGUACUUCUGCGAUGUCACAAUUCCCCCAAAAUGACAUUAGUGGAGAGCCAAAUAUGCAAAUGGUUGAUCCGGCUGGUUCUUGUCAACAAUAUGAAAUGGAAGAUCAAUCUACUCAACCUGGAGAAAACAAUGAGCUGCAAGAAUUAAACCACAUGCAGGGUGACCAUGCUAGUGAUGAUCUGGAUAGGUGCUUAACUGAUGAUCCGAGUGGGAAAGAAGGUGAUACGGUGGGGAUGAGUAUUCCAGUUGCUUUCAAGCCCAUUUCUAAUUUUCACCGUGGUAUGCUAAGGCGCUGUCUAGAUUUUGAACUGGUUGCUCGCAGGAAGAACUUAAAUGAUGGUUCUAAUUGUAGUUCUUCUGUGAUGUUGCAAUCUGAUGAGAGGUUUGCUUCUGAAGAUAUGCAACUGGUGCCUCUUAAGCCUUCCAAUGAUUCUCCUCGGUGCAUUUUGCCUGGAAUUGGUUUGCAUUUAAAUGCUUUAGCAAUAACUUCACAGGAUAACAAGAACACCAAGCAUGAAACUUUGUCUUCUGGAAGACAGUUAAGUUUGCCCGGCUCUACUGCCUCCUUUCACUCCCCUAAAAGUAGUCAAGAUCCGCUUCAUGAAUCUUUGACUUCAGCCUCUACUGAAAGAGACAUGGUUGCUGUUGAAAGUGGAGUUCCACCAGCAGAAGAUGCUUCUCAGACAUGUGGAUAUUUAGUAUCUGAAGAGUUUAAUCAGAAUAGCCCCAAAAAGAAAAGGCGUAGGUUGGAAAAUGCAGGAGAAACCGAGUCUUGCAAGCGUUGUAAUUGCAAGAAAUCAAAGUGUUUGAAACUUUACUGUGAAUGCUUUGCUGCUGGUGUCUACUGCAUAGAGCCAUGCUCAUGCCAAGAUUGCUUCAACAAGCCUAUCCAUGAAGAUACGGUUCUCGCAACUCGCAAACAGAUUGAGUCACGGAACCCACUUGCAUUUGCUCCUAAAGUGAUUAGGAGCGCUGAUUCUUUACCUGAACCCGGGGAUGAAUCUAGCAAAACACCAGCUUCAGCAAGACAUAAAAGAGGCUGCAACUGCAAGAAAUCUAGUUGCCUAAAGAAAUACUGUGAAUGCUAUCAGGGUGGUGUUGGAUGCUCCAUUAACUGCAGAUGUGAAGGGUGCAAGAAUGCAUUUGGUAGAAAGGAUGGUUCUGUAUUGAUGGAAACAGAUGGCGAACAAGAAGAAGAUGAAAUGGAGACAUGUGAAAAGAGCAUGGUUGACAAAAAAAUGGAGAAAACUGAAAUCCCAAACAAUGAAGAACAGAAUCCAGGUUCUGCUCUUCCCACAACACCAUUGCAGUUUUGCAGAUCAUUGGUUCAGCUGCCAUUUUCUUCCAAGUGCAAACCACCAAGGUCUUUACUUGCAAUUGGAUCCUCCUCUGGGUUUUAUACUGGCAACAAGUAUGGAAAACCUAAUAUUCUCCAUUCUCAGUCCAAGUUUGAGAAGAGUCUCCAAGUUGCUCCAGAAGACGAAAUGCCUGAGAUUCUUCGAAGCAAUUGUUCUCCCAACAGUGGUAUCAAAACUGCUUCUCCCAACAGUAAGAGGGUCUCCCCACCAAACACUGGCUUUGGAUCAUCCCCUAGUCGGAGAAGCGGACGGAAGCUGAUAUUACAAUCAAUACCUUCAUUUCCUUCACUCACUCCGCAGCACUUAAAAUAAAGUCAGGAUGGGAUGAAAUUCUUUAAAUCUUUGUUGUUGUUCAGAGAGGUAUGUUUCUAAGCGGCACCAGUCAGGCUUCUGUAUCUGUAUAAUAAUAUGGUAUCUGCCAAUCCUGGUUUCAUAAUGUUAGCUAAUCUUUAGCUACUCUUUGUAUAAUAUGGCGUUUCUUUCCAAGCAAAAAUGUUAUACAUUUUAUUAAUGAAGAUGUGCUCUCCCUGGGAGCAGUAUUAGAAAAAUUAU